ACAAGUUUGCAGAUGGUUCUGGGGAAAAGGCAGUUGUGAAACAGUGUAAGAAUAGCCUAUGUUUACUACUGAAGCCUCUGACGCUCAGGGUCACACCGUGGAGUGCAUUCAGAAUUUCCAUUUCAGUUAAGCAAGACAUAGUGACACGAAAAAUUAUGUCAUUAAUUUAUAUAUCUAUAUCUAUAUUUACAUUUUAGGUAAAAUUUUAUAAUGGGCCGUUUCUCAAGUUGUUACAAAAUAUGUCUGAAAAAGGCAGAGUUGUUUAGAGAGCUUUAUUUGACAAAUAAAGUAAAGCAAAACUUACAGUAAUGCAACUGUCCUAUAUAGCAUUGCACAGAGGGUAUAUUGAUGUUCUUGCUAUAUUGUGUCUUUACUCAAUAGCUGUUCGCCUGUGGUAAACCCAUGACAUGAACAUGAUGGUAAGUAAAUAAAAACAAGUUACUAGAAGGAGGGCCGCAUAAACAGCGUUGCAUCACUAUGACACUGGGUUGUUUACUGUCUGCGCUGCCUCAGGUGGACUCUCAGGUCACAUGGACCUGUUUGUCCCUCACAGUUCUGCAGGUUUCAUGGUCCACAGCCCCUCUGGACAUGUGACUGCAGGAGGGGGCUUCUGUGAACAGCGGCUGCAGGAAUGUGCCCCUUGGUCGGGCGCAGCUCGGGUGUCACAGCUGUGAGGCCAGUAUAAAACUCUGAGUUGCUAGCUCUCACCCAGAACCACUUUGAGCAUUUGAGCACUAGCAUGCCCUAAAGGAUCAGCCCCCAGCAUAGCCUUCUAUUUAUAGAACUCACUCAACCCAGAGGAGACAAAGAGCCCAGCACUUUUCACUUGUGGACAUUCACAAACCGACCAGCGACAGAGGACAAACCGGACCCACUUACCACCAUGGACGUCCAGAGAUCAGGCUCCAUCGUGAGGCCCCCCAGCCCCAUGGACAGUCUGGAGAAGCAGCUGAGUUGUCCCAUCUGCCUAGACAUGUUCACCAAACCUGUGGUCAUCCUUCCUUGCCAACACAAUCUAUGCCGGAGCUGUGCCAGCGACCUGUACGACUCCCGAAACCCCUACCGCUUCUCCGGAGGAGUCUUCAGAUGCCCUACUUGCCGCUUUGAGGUAGUGCUGGACAGACACGGGGUGCAUGGCCUUCAGAGAAACCUUCUGGUGGAAAAUAUCAUCGACAUCUACAAACAGCAGCAGGAGGGCAAUGGCAGCGGAAACACAGAAACCAACCUGAAGCCCAAAGAGUCUAAGGAGCUCAUGUGCCAAGAGCAUGAAGACGAGAAGAUCAACAUCUACUGUGUGACCUGCCAGGUGCCCACAUGCUCCAUGUGUAAGGUGUUUGGGCAGCACAAGGACUGUGAGGUGGCCCCCUUAGCUUCUAUUUACCAGACCCAGAAAGGAGAGCUGAGCAAUGCCAUUGACACCCUGGUGGCCAGCAACGCUCGCCUCCAGGCCCUGCUGAACCAGAUGGAUGAGGCAUGCCGCGUGGUACAAGACAAUGCCCAGCGUGCCAAGCAGAACCUGGCCGAGCGCUUUGACCUCCUGUACGCCGUUCUGGAGGACAGGAAGGCCGUGCUCCUGGAACAGAUCAGUAAAGAGCAAGAUGACAAAGUGUCUGCACUCAGGGCUCUGGCCCAGAGGUACGGAGAGAGGCUACAGGCCAGCACCGAGCUCACCGACUCCGCUGUGAGGGCCCUGGAGCAGAACAGCGCCGCAGAGUUCCUGGUGGCCUCCAAGAAGCUCAUCUCACAGACCAAAGACGCAGCCAAGAGCUCCUUGGGCGAGGACCGGCCCGAACCUGGCUUUGAGAAGAUGGACCACUUCACCCUCUCCACGGAACAUGUAGAAGCUGUGCUGUCCAGGAUGGACUUUGGAGUUGACAAUGACGAGUUUGAGGACGCUGAGGAAGAAGAAGAGGAGGAGUAAUGAAAAACUUGAACUAAAGAGAUAGACUUAAGAAGUAAAGGACAAUAUUUGAAUGUUUAUUUGAAGGUUUGUUACAGAAGUGUUUAUGGCAGGGACAUUUUGCAUUUUGAGGAAUAAUCAGUUCAGAGGAUUCGAGCCACUGGAGUGUGCUCGCCUCUAUUAGUGCAAUAUUUAAGUUAAGUGUUACAUUCUGACACUUUCUUAAUUUUUUAUACUUUUGUACUUGUGACAAAGCUGCUGUGUGAUAAAGAUAGGGCUAGCUAAAUGUCUGCAAUUAUGUCUGCACAUGUUUAUAUGUGGACCUCCAAAGGAGGCUGCAUUUUUCACUGUUGAUUGUAGUUUUUUUUUUUUAUGAAAUUGAAACUGUCAUGAAGGAGGAAUAAAGACUCAUGAAAGGUGACCUGAGUUGAGUUUUAUUGUCCCAGUCAAAGUUGGGUUCUUUGUCUCCCAUAGUUGGUUCAGCUCUCACUUGGUGAUAGGAUGCACUUAAAAUAAAAGCCCUUGCUCUGUCCUGUCUGCUUUGCCUUUGCUGGUGAAAAGCGGGGGCUAUUUUUAAGAGGUGAGGGGGCGCGAAAUGAUAGCGUCCCGGGAAUAGACUUGUCAUGGAAGGCCAGAGGGCUCCUGUUUCUGCUCCCCCUCUCUCUUCUCCCUUAGAGCGGCCUUGCUCAGCAGCUCCAAAUGUAACGCAGCUCAGAAGAAGCUGCAGUUGUCACACGAGUGCUCCUUGUGCCUCUGUGAAUGGUCAAAGAGACGAGGUAAAAAUACACAGAGCCUUGGCAUUUGGCGACAAACACUUCAGGCGACCUGGUUUGAAAUGAAAUUUGAGAGUCAGUUAGCAGCAAUGUACUGAGCUCUUAUUAAGUGGGAUACAUGGAGAAAGUUUAUGUGAGACUUGGUUAGCCCAGUAUCUGCAUUGUUUAUUGUUUUUUGUAUGAUUUAUUUAGUUCGUGAAGGCCAUUACAGUGAGCCUUAGUUAUUAUAUUUAUUACAAGGUUCCAUAUAAUUUCAGAUAAUCAUAUAAUCCUACACCCCCUAUACUUUACAAUUCUGUACUUAUGUCUCACUUACAUGCUCUUAAACAUUUUUAUUUAUUCAGUCUUUAGGUAAACUGAGAACACUCUGAGAACUUGACUGACAUUGACAACUAACUAUAUUUAUUAAAAAAAAUACUUCUGAAAACUUCAAAAAAUGGGGAUAUAAGUGACAAUUUUUCUAAAUUUCCUAAUGUUUCAGCAGAUAUCUGAGGGAAAAGUGGCAGUGGCACAAGCUCGAUAGUAAUCUGUUUAAUUGUUUACUAUUGUUAUUGCAGUAAUAGCUAUGGUAGUCAUGUACAAUUUAUACUCAGAUGAAUUUGUAAUAACCUAAACUUGUUGAAUUGAUUUUGUUUUGAUAAGCAGAGCAGCAAGCUGGCGGUCACCAUGACACUUGAAGAAAUCAGGCUAGGUCAGAUGGACAGUAUUUUUAGCUGCGGUGUCUGAAGAAGUCAACAUGCAGAUAGAGAUAGCAGCUCAUGUGAAAAUUAUUUAUAUGUUUUCUAGCCAUGUUUAUAUUGUGUCUAACCUUUGACCUACAUAGUUUGCUCAUUGUAUGUGGGGCAUUUUAUGUCUCAUCUGCAUGGAAUUAUUAAUCUCCAUAUUUGUGUAAUUAUCUUCAGUAUUCUUCAUCGAGAGUCGUUGGUAUAUCAGUUAUGCUUAAAAAUCUAAACCAAUUUAUGACAAUUAUUUUUAAAGUUUAAAUCCAAGUAUCUGUGAACCAACAACAAUUCUUUUAUUUAGGCUGUAUAAAGGUAAUGUAAUGUUUUGAUCAUAAUUUUCACCUAAAUAAAUAUCUGACAAAUGGUAUAAAAAACUCAGUCCAUAGUCUUAUCAAGCUGGUGGGUAAAAUUUCAUCAGUAGUCAUUUGUUAUACCAACUAGCGGUGUAACGAUAUUUAAGUCUCACAAUAUGAUAUCGUCACAGUAUGAACUUCACUGUAUGAUAUUUACUGCAUGAUCGUGGGAAAGCUCACGAUAUUGUGGGGAGGCUCACCAUUAGGAAUGUAACAAUAUCCAAAUCUCAGUACAAUAUAUUUUCAUGUUAUACAUCUCACGGUACGAUAUUUAUUGCGAUGUUUUGUGGAGGCUAACAAAACUGUUAAUAUACUACUUUUUCCUCUUAAAAUGCCUUGACAAGACUUAAUCCAGAAAACUAAGACUUAGAGUGCUUAGAACUGUUAUUUCUUCUGGUAGUCUGCACUGAAAUGGAGCAAAGGAUCAUGGUUUCUGUAGUUCCCUCUGUCUUCUAACUCUUAAUUUAAGCAAAGAGAUUUGUAAUUUGAUAUAUUGUGAUGAUAUUAUUGAUGAUGAUAUUAUUGUGAGAACUUUGACUAUACAAUAUCACGAUAUUUCGGUUAUUGUUACAUCCCUACUAGACAAGACAAUAUACUGUAUCUUAUUGUACCUUUCUGUACUGCAUUACAUAUACUUCUACUUAUAUUUAUAAUAAAUAAUGCAAAAAUAUUAAUGAAUUUGCCUUAGUUGCAGUAAUAAAAACAAAUCUAUUCUGUCAACUGGACUAAAGUUUUGGAGUGAAGACAUUUCAGCCAAGCAGUUUUAUCAGUUUUGGUCAGAUUGCUGAUGGACAGCGAUAAUCUAUCUUACUUGCAGUGUAAUUUUAACCUUGUACUUUUGACCUUGGAUUUCCCAAUAUGCCUCACAAACCACCAGUGUAACCCAUAGAUCUGUCUGGUUUAGACUCUGUGGCCUAGUGUGACAGUGUAGUGACUGUGCUGGGCCUUCCCCUGCACAGCUGUCUUUUCUCAUCGCUCGUGUUAUUGUUAGCGCAGUUUUCUGCC